AUGGAUCGCGUUGAUUUUUUACCAUAUUUAGGCCAGCAAAAGCAUGCCAAGAAGCAUCGUAGUAAAUUUUUUAUUAUUUUUGUUUCAUUAUCGCUUUCAAUCUUAUAUUUUGCAUCAAUUAUUACCUGUAUAUACUUAAACAAAACCAUUAUUGAUUCAGAUUACCCAUUAAUUCCUGAUUAUGAACUUUUUAUCAAGAUUCCAUCUAAAAUUCAUGGAAAAAAUCAAACAUUUUCUAUCGAUAUGCACUCACUUGUUGCAUAUGUUGAUAUAUGGAGAGGCCAUUGGUGUCCUUACUACAAUGAUCGAAAUUUCUUUCUUUCUCCAAGAGUCAAUGAACUUCUUCAGAUCAUCAGAAUGUUCCAGAUACCAGUUUCUCACCUUUCUUUUACAGCAGAAUCGUCGAUGCUUUAUACCAGACAAAGAAAACGCGCAAAAACAGCAAUUUUAUACGGCAAUACUACGGUUCUAAACGAAUAUGAGCCAUACCUCAACGAAAGCUAUAGUAAAUAUAUACCAGGAUUUAUUGAUAAAUGCAAUCAUAAUCUUAGUCGUUUCAAUAGAUACAGAGACCACGGUUUUUCCAAAGAUAUAUGCAUAAGUGAUGAUGAUUACUAUGUUUCCAGCUUCAAAGAAGCCAGCAUGCUCUUCAAUGGCCUUGGAGCGAAAUAUGUUCUUAUUUUCGGCGAACAUACGAAUAUGUGCAUAAUGCAAGUCAUUAUGUAUUGUCUUAAAGCUGGCAUGCAACCAAUUAUUGUCCGUGAUCUUGUUGAUUGUGCUUGGGUUUAUCAUUUUCAGAAAACAACCUUUUCAAGGCAUACAGAAUCCAAUAGUGCUGUAAAUAAGUAUAUUGAGUCUCUUGGAGUCCCAAGUGUCCUUUCAUACGAUCUAAUUCGUGCAUUCAAAGAUGUUCCACUCAAAAGGACUCGGCCUAAGUAUAAUCCAGAGGAAAAUGCAUAUCGUUUUAAGAAUUUACUUUUGUGA